UCAACUCCCACAUCCUUACAAAUUCGCCGGCCACCUCACUCAUAUCACCAAGAAAGAAAUUGCCCUUUCCUUCCAAAUUUUGACUGCACCCCAAGAUUGCUGCAUUCACCAGUCCCUUUUCUCCCUGUGUGGCAAAAAGGAAUAAUAAUUUUGCAAUCUAAAAGAUGAAGAGUCCAUUUCUAUUUUGCAGACAUUUCCCAAUGGCCAGGUACCACUACUAGUCUAGUCCUUUUCUCUCCCUUCUGUCCCUCUAAAAUUUCCCAAUCUUUUAUACUACAACACACAUCUUGUCCUCCCCUCCCCUCCCCUCUCAUCUUCUAUUCUAUUGUAUUGUAUUACUAUAUCAAAAUUCAUGAUGCAAUUUAGUGAGAGCUUCCCUCCUCCGCCUCCGCCUCCGCCUCUGCCUCAUCAAAUUGUCCCAAAUAAGCCCGCCCGGCUCUGGCCGGGCCUCCCGUCUCCGAAGCUGCAGGCCAGCUUCGGAGACGCCAACUGCAUGGAGCAGCUUCUCGUCCACUGCGCCAACGCCAUCGAGACCAACGAUGCCACGCUGGCGCAGCAGAUCCUGUGGGUCCUCAACAACAUCGCCCCGCCCGACGGCGACUCCGGCCAGCGCCUCACCUGCGGGUUCCUCCGCGCCCUCAUCUCCCGCGCCACGAGGAUUGGCAGCUGCAAGCUCCUCCCCGACGUGGCCGUCUUCAUCCCCAACCACAAAUUCUCCAUCACCGAGCUCGCCGGCUUCGUCGACCUCACCCCCUGGCACCGCUUCGGCUUCACCGCCGCCAACGCCGCCGUGAUGGAGGCCGUGGAAGGCCGCUCCGUCGUCCACAUCGUCGACCUCAGCCUCACCCAUUGCAUGCAGAUCCCAACCCUCAUCGACUCAUUCUCCACCAGACCAGAGGGCCCGCCGUUCCUCAAGCUCACCGUCGCCGGCGCCACCGAGGAUUUCCCCCCGAUGCUCGACCUCUCCUACGAGGACCUCGGCGCCAAGCUCAUCAAUUUCGCCAGAUCCCGAAACGUAGCGAUGGAGUUCAGAGUCGUCCCCUCCUCCUCCUCCGACGGCUUCUCCUCCCUCAUCGACCACCUCAAAAUCACCGGCGCAGGCGGCAGCAACAGCGAGGCACUCAUCGUAAACUGCCAGAUGCUGCUUCACUACAUCCCCGAUUUACAAACCCUAGGCGCGUCCUCGCCACGCUCGGCGUUCCUGAAGGCCGUGCGGGGGCUGAACCCCUGCACGGUCCUUCUGGUGGACGAGGACGCGGAUUUCACGUCAGAGAAUCUGGUGGCGAGGCUGAGAUCGGCGUACAACUACCUGUGGAUACCGUACGACACGGUGGAGACGUUCCUGCCGCGGGAGAGCAGGCAGAGGCAGUGGUACGAGGCGGACAUGUGCUGGAAGAUCGAGAACGUGGUGGCGCAGGAGGGGCCGCAGAGGGUGGAGCGGCUGGAGCCGAAGGGGAAGUGGGUGCAGAGGAUGAGGGGCGCCGGGUUUCGGGGGGCCGGGUUCAGCGAGGAGGCGGUGGCGGAGGUGAAGAGCAUGCUGGAUGAGCAUGCGGCCGGGUGGGGGAUGAAGAGGGAGGAACAAGAUCUUGUGCUUACUUGGAAAGGGCAUAAUGUAGUGUUUGCAACUGCUUGGUUGCCUGCUUGAACUUCAUCCUCAUUAGUUUCUUCUAAUUUAAUGUGCCAACACUAUCUAUCAAUCAUCCAUGAUUCUUCUUCUUCUUUCUUGAUUUGAUUAGUGUUAGCUAGUUAGCAUGGAUUCUGUAUGGACUUGGCUCACAUGACUGUUAAUUGUAUUUUGGAAGAGUGAUUACCAUAUAUGUUAAUUGGUUAGGAUUACAAAAAGAUA